AUGGCACAUCUCUUCUGGAAUCUUCCAGACAAUGACGAUAUGCUAAUAUUUCCAUGGUUACUUUGUUUUAUUUGGAAGGCCCGGAAUUACAAAGUUUUCUCCAAUACGGAUCAAGAUCCGAGAGAGGUUUUGGAUUCUGCAAUAACAGAGGCUCGUGCAUGGGCCGCAGCCCAACCGGCUGGAGAGAUGGACAAUGUGCGGAUAGACAUAUCAGCGACGCAACCGCCUUGUGGUGAAUGGUGUCAAAUAGAUGGAGCCUGGAAAGAGUCAGAGACUCGAGCGGGACUUGGGUGGUACAAUCUAGACCCGGAAUCGGGUUCAGUUUUGGUUGGGGCCUGUAAUUUACGACGGGGUCUAUCCCCUUUGCAGACGGAACUGGAAGCGUUGGUGUGGGCCAUGCAAAUCAUGUUGGUCUACAAUAAACGGCGAAUGCAGUUUCAAACUGACUGCACUGAACUGGUGAAGAUGGUGUCUACACCGACAGCGUGGCCGGCGUUUGAAACACUGCUUGAAGAGGUGGAGAAGUGCAAGAGGCGGUUUGAGGCUUUCUCCAUAAUCCACAUACCGAGGACAACAAACACGAAGGCAGACAAGCUAGCACGGAGUGCUCGAGAUCAGCCUUAUGACGUGUAUUAUGUAAACUCAAUUCCACCAACAUCGCUCCCUGAGCUGAUUUAG